GUUCCAUUUCAACUGAAUUCUAUUUUCCCAUUUUGCUACUACGAUUGAAACGUUCCCACCGUGAUGGCUACCGGCGGCAGUGACAACAUCGGUAUCAGAUCCGAACCCACCGUAAACGGCACGGAAAUGCCUUCCCCAACUCCGGCGACACUGCAAAAGCCGCGCAAAAUUGCUCUGAUCACUGGCAUCACUGGCCAAGAUGGAUCCUACCUCACUGAAUUACUCCUCGACAAAGCCUACGAGGUCCACGGCCUCAUCCGCAGAUCUUCCAAUUUCAACACGCAGAGGAUCAACCACAUCUACAUCGAUCCUCACAAUGCCAACAAAGCCCGAAUGAAGCUCCACUACGCAGACCUCACAGACGCUUCCUCUCUCCGCCGCUGGCUGGAUAUCAUCCUUCCGGACGAGGUCUACAACCUCGCCGCCCAGUCGCACGUCGCCGUCUCAUUCGAAAUCCCCGACUACACGGCAGAUGUCGUUGCCACCGGCGCGCUCCGCCUCCUCGAGGCCGUGCGGUCACACAUCUCCGCUACAGGCAGGUCCCACAUCAGGUAUUACCAGGCAGGAUCAUCGGAGAUGUUCGGAUCGACACCGCCGCCGCAGUCGGAGACCACCCCUUUCCACCCUAGAUCCCCCUACGCCGCAUCUAAAUGCGCGGCUCAUUGGUACACCGUGAAUUACCGCGAGGCUUACGGGAUCUUCGCCUGCAACGGCAUUCUGUUCAACCACGAAUCCCCCAGACGGGGCGAGAAUUUCGUGACGCGGAAGAUAACCCGAGCAGUUGGGCGCAUCAAGGUGGGGCUCCAGAACAAGCUGUUCCUGGGAAACCUGCAGGCGUCAAGGGACUGGGGGUUCGCAGGAGACUACGUGGAAGCAAUGUGGCUGAUGCUGCAGCAGGAGAAGCCGGACGAUUACGUGGUGGCCACAGAGGAGUCUCACACAGUACAGGAAUUCCUGGAAGUAGCGUUUGGCUAUGUGGGGCUCAAGUGGAAAGAUCACGUGGAGAUUGACAAGCGUUACUUCAGGCCAGCAGAAGUGGACAACCUGAAAGGGGAUGCGAGCAAGGCGAAGAAGGUGCUGGGUUGGAAACCCAAUGUGGGAUUCGAGCAGCUAGUGAAGAUGAUGGUGGAUGAAGAUGUGGAAAUGGCUAAGAGGGAGAAAGUGCUUGUUGAUGCUGGAUACAUGGAUGCCCAGCAACAGCCUUAAGAAUAAUAAUAACAAUCUCACCUUCUCAAUUCACUACCCAAAGAGGGUUAGCUAUGUAUAAUCAAUACAGUUUGCUGUUUUGUCCUCCUUUUCCCAAACCAAUCUGUUUUUCUUUUAAUUUAUAUUUAUAUUUUUGAGAUGAUAUAUCUGGAGGAUGUCUUCAAUCAAAAUUACAUGGAUUCAUUUAACUGCAAUUAAUAAAAAGCUUUUCAACUUUUGAUGUCU